AUGCCACUUUCACAAAGUAAAGAGGAUCGGGCUCAAGCAAAUGGUUGCACAAGAUGUCGUAACGAAUUCUUCGAAGGUGACGAUAACUUGAAGACCGCUUGCUCGCACCAGUUCCAUCGAAUAUGUUUAUUGGACUGGUUAAAGCACAGCUCCACAUGUCCUCAGUGUAGAGCUAGAUGUAACAGUAGAGGCCUUCCUCGCCCUGGUCCUCUAACUAGAUCACAGGUUACAUCUAAGACUACUAGCGAUAACCCCCAGCCUUUAACAAAUUUACAGAAGGAUAACUCGGAUAUAGCAGGAGCCACCUGUUUGCCAUUAGAAGCACCAGUUCGAGAACAGAACUCCAAU